UCCCGGAUCAGCAUGUACUGACAUCUUUGGGCCGUGCCUGAAUCUGCUGUGUGGGGGCGUGAGAGGCGAGACGGAGAGGAAGGCUCUGGUGAGUGCGUAUGAGGAGCAGAAGCGGCAGCUGCAGCUCACUGCAAAGCGCGCAGAGGCGCUUGCUAUCUGUGGGAAUGGCGCCGGUGGUGGGGGUCGGGGGUGUGGUGUGUGGGAGAUUGGCACAUGGAGCGAGGAAGAGGAUGAGGGGGAGGAGGAGGAGGAGGAAGAAGCGGAGGGGUAUAUGGGGUGCAUUGAGGGAGGGGGGGGAGUGGGAGAAGAGGAGGGAGAGUGUGAGAGGUUGGAGAAUGGGGAUGAAGAUGAAGAGGAUGAAGAGAAAGAGGAGGAAGCUGAGGAAGAGGAGGAAGAUGAGGAAGAGGAGGAAGAGGACUUGGAGGAAGAGGAAGUGGAGGAAGAGGAAGGGGAGGAAGAGGAAGGGGAGGAAGCGGAGGAAGAGGAGGAAUAGGACGUGGAGGAAGAGGAAGUGGAGGAAGAGGAAGUGGAGGAAGAGGAAGUGCAGGAAGAGGAAGUGGAGGAAGAGGAAGUGGAGGAAGAGGAGGGUGAAAUGGAGGAGUGAGAGAUUGGAGUGAGGAUUUAGAAAGCCCAGGGUUUGAUUGAUAUGCUGGAAUGGUGGUUGCCCAUGUAAAGAGCACCAAGUGUACAGAGCUGUAGCCAGUGAAGGAAUAAAUGGCACACACUGUCACUACUUACAUGUUUUUCAUUACUUCUAACCAAGUACCUACACUAGGCUGUGUUCAUCAUAAUAUGCUUGGUACUA